UUAAGCUAUACAAUCACAUUUUUUCUAACCGCAAUAUUUCUACUCCCAGGUUUUCUACUUUAGCUUUCCUCUGGCUCCUGAAGCAGCUGGUUUUGAUGGGCACUCCGGUGGUGGAUCUGAAAUAAAGUUGCGUUAUUGUUUACUUAUGUUCACUGCAUAGAUUGUGUAGUGUGGUACAGCGACACCCUGUGACAAGUCGUAGUUGUAGCGCCUUCCAUGAGAUGGCGCCACCACCUUGUCUAUGUACAGCACGGCACGAGACAAGUUAAAAUUCAUCCUCUUCCGGAUCGGCACACAGUCUGGUUCUUGUCUGGGUUUCUCCCCUUCCGCGGCCGUCCGGCCCGGAACACUACAACUGGCGACGAGGAUGAACGUCACGGGAUUUGCGCCUCCGCCACCGUUCCUCGCCACGCCCGGCACGCCAGCUGUGCCAUGGUCCCGCUGGUUACGACUUUUCGAGAACUUUUUGCUCGCCUCCGGCGCCAACGAGCUGCCCCCGGCACGUCGGCAAGCCCUGCUCCUGCACCGCCUGGGACCAGAAGGACAGCGCAUUUUUGACGCGCUUCCGCAGCCGACGCCGAACUCGCCAGCCGCCGCCGCAACAGCCGACGAGGCAGGAAAGAGCAGCAGGCCAGACAAGCCAAACCCGUACGACGCCGCCAUCCUAACCCUAACACGUCACUUCGCUGCCCGCUGCAACGUCUGGGUGGAAUGA